UUAUGAAGACAAGUUUUUUUGAUGAGCGGAGGGAGGUCUGAGACAUUUACGUGUAGAGAAAAGGGUCUCUCUGAGACACUCACUCAUUAAAGGAGCUCUGCAACUCUGUCAGCCUCAUCGGUGUGGUGGCCGCGACCGUCGAACUCAAACACCUCCCCUCCGGCAAGGUGGUGGCGUGGACCCGCCUCUCUGUCAAGAAGAACGCCACGCAAGUGUCCUCCAUAAGCCUCACUUUCUGGGACGAAGAAGAUUAAGGGAUAUAGGAGUUGAAUCCAGAAGCUAAAAGGUAUGGAUCAUCCGAGUUUCGAGAUCUUCAACAAUGGGGAAAAAGCGUGCGAUGACGCCGGCGGAGGAUGUUGACUUGUCCUCCAUCAAGUACGAACGAGAGGUUGUGCAAGCUCCACAUUUGACUGGAUUUGUAUUUAGAUUCUUUGUGAGGAUACUCGAAGCUCCGCUGAUAGGCCCUAUCAUAAUAAAUUAUUUGAAGAAACAAAAUAAAAUUAACCAAGUUUGUUUAUUGCAGUACACUGUGAUACCUGAGGAACCCAUGUUCAAACCUGAAUAUCCACCUCAAGGGGAAGAAUAUGCCAAGGAUGGAGAAAGGAAAGGUUUGGGUGGAAUUUGCAGGUCGAUUGGAAGGGUCGGUUUAACAAUUCAGGAGCAAUAUAUCUUACAGUUCUCCUUGCAACCAGCAUUGAUAUAGUACUUUUUUCUCUUGGACAUAUUUUAGCAAGCACAAAAUUUACCCAACCAAGUUCUAAGCUAAUUUGUAUAAGUUCUCUCGUGUAACUUCUUCAUACACUUGUUUUUAAUUUAUACAUAAGUUAAUUUAAACUUACGGAGAAGUUUAUUUCAUUUUUUUUCCUAAAAGAAUUUUUGGAUAAGUUUAUGGAACGAGAGAAUUAGUAUUGCAUAAUAGAUGUUGGCAAUGUGAAGUAUGUUAGCUUGCAUUGGAGGUGGCAGUGACUAACCGAAUGACGGAAUAUCUAGAAAAUUGGUAGGUAAUAUAUUGCCAUAGGCUGCUGUAAUGCACAAGUGAGGGUGCAAAGCUUUUAAAUUUGACAAGAAAGUAUCCUACAGUGAUUAAUUAAUUUUAUAAUUUUAAACAUGA